AUGGGAGUUUGUGUGUCAAGGAACACUUCCAAAGAAGAGCUAAGGAAAUCAAUAAAGAGGAAAGGGGUAAUAACUUCAGAAGAAGAGAAGGCACUGUUGAUUGCUGAACUGAGGAACCAACUGAAGACUGUUUAUGGCCAAAACUCUCUGUUGUUAGCAAUGAUGGAAAUGACAGAAAUCCCAAAUAUUAUUUGGCAGGUAACUGAAGUAGAGAAACUAAACAUGUCACAUAAUUUCCUCCUCAGCAUUAGCCCUGGCAUUGAGAAACUUCAGAAUUUAGUCAUACUGAAUUUAUUGGGGAAUCAGUUGGCUGCUCUGCCAAAGGAAAUUGGAAUGUUGAAGAAGCUGAAGGUUUUAUUUGCUGACUGGAAUUGCCUCAAGGAAGUCCCAUCUGAACUGGGUCACUGUAAGAGGUUGCAAGUGCUCAGCCUCUCCCACAACAUGAUCUCCUCUCUCCCUGAGAACUUGGAAGAGCUGAAGAAACUGGAAAAGCUCAACUUAAGCAACAAUCGUUUUGUCCAAUUACCCAUGUGCAUUUACAGGAUGAGAAGGUUAACUUUCCUGCACAUAGGCUGCAACAGGAUCGAGAGCAUUUCCGAAAGCGUUGGACAGCUGGAAAGCAUGAGGAUAUUUAUCGCUGAACGAAACAGGCUUCGAUUCCUGCCCAAGUCCAUCUGUUUGAUGCAGCCCCUUAAACUGCUCAACGUGAACUAUAAUGACAUUGAGAAUCUUCCCACAAAUCUUCCCAUGUUGACAGAGUUAGAAAGGAUUGCCUGCCAUUCACUGGACACAGGGCUUCAUGUCAAAUGCAACCCAUUAGCUAAACCACUGCCGGAUCUUGUAGAAGAGGGGCUUGAAUCUCUCUUUGAAUAUUUAAAACCCAAACGAGACAACGACUGA